AUGGCGGCGCUAGGCAACGGCCUCGGUCUUGGAAGCAACCUAAAGAGCCAGUACAACCUUGGACGAGCCGGACCCGACCACGUCUACCACGCCGCCGCCGCGCCCACCCCUCAGCUUUACAACCCCCGACCAGCCCCCGUUGACCCAUACACUAGCGCGCCAGGCCACGGCGCCGCCCACGGGCACCUUAACGGGCAGUACCGGAGCACCGGGCCCAACCUCAACCUCAACCUCAACCACACACAGGGGGGAUGGGGUGAUCACCACCUCCCGGCGUCGUCGUCGCGGUUCGCCUCGUCGUCAUCGGCGGACUCGGUCGACGACAUCCUGGCUUCGCCCAGCCUCUCCGACUACUCGCUCGACAACCCCUCGCUGUCAACAGCACCCUCCAGCAAGCCGGGCGGCAACAAGAACCACCAUCAGAACCACCACAGCCACAAUCAUCAUCACAACAACCACAACGGUGGUAACGGUAACAACAACCGAGGUAGCCGCUCUCAGCGUCGCCCCUCCAACCGGGACGAGUUUGACGGGCCGCACCAAUUCCUUCAGCGUCCUCCGCCGGAAUACAUCGCCAUGCAAGAGCGCGAGCUCCCCCACCUGCCGACCAACCUCCUCGUGCAAGAACAGGACUCCGUCCUGACGCAAGUCAACGACCGGCUCUCCCAGUGCGCCUACGACUUUGUAGCCAAGUACCAGUUCCCCAUCCCUUUGACCCAAGACAUGCGGCCCGUCGAGAGACCGCAGGACCGCGAAUGGACCGAGUGGGUGUACCUUUUGAAGAGACUGGCCACCAAGCGAAGAAUCCCCGCGCGGGUGCUGUAUAACGGGCAAAUCAAGCAGUUUGUGACGAUUUUGGAGAACAGUCUGGAGAUGAGGCACGCGGCCAAGCAUCAGAGUCGUCCGUUGAAGGACGAUCGGAAUAUCUUGCAGCUGAUCAGUGCGGGGAUUCAGGUCGCCAAGAUCCUCAAGGAUGCGCCGGCUAUGGACUUUUUGGAUAAGCUGUAUGUGAGGACGGAGCAGCAGAUCCAGGAACGGGCGGCGGCUGCGGCGGCGAGGUUCCGCUGA